AUGGCUACAUCCAAGCCAAGCACUCCCCUCAAAGAAAAGAGCAAGCUGGUCUCUUCAGCUCACAGCAUCACCGGUGACUCGCGCCGGCUACGAACCUCUAAAUCAUCGGUCCCGAGCUCUCCUGAAAGAGAGAUUCGAAGAACCUCCAAAUCAUCGAGACCAUCAUCGGUCCCGAGCUCUCCUGAAAGAGAGAUUCGAAGAACCUCCAAAUCAUCGGGACAAUUAUCGGUCCCGAGCUCUCCUGAAAGAGAGAAUCGAAGAACCUCCAAAUCAUCGGUCCCGAGCUCCCCUGAAAGAGAGACUCAUCCACCACAGCGCAAGGCAUUGAUCAGAUCGAGCAGUGACAGCACCAAAAGAGACAAGAGCCUUCCCCAGCAGCCAUCUGGUGGCGUUGCCAAUGUCACCAAGCCGCGCCUGCUGGCAAAAAAGCCGCAGGAGAAGCCUCCGUCGCCUUCCCUCCAGCCACACAAAAUGCCCGCGACGAACACCGUCAAAGAGAGACCAUCGAUCAGGGCCUCCUCCUCCUCCUCCAUGCCACGAGCUGCAGGAUUUUCGAAGCCAGCCAGUGCUACAGACAAAGAAGCAAGAACUCACGGUGUCGGGCGGACUCAACCAUCUGUAACGGCAAGAAGCCCAGGGAGUGUCAUCUCCAUGAGAAAGGAAACCAGGAUGACUACUGCAAGUACGGAUGAAAAACUAGGUGUUACAGAGCAGGAGCAUAAGGAGGCACAAAUCCACAUUGAGGAACACGAAACUGGGCCAAUCAUUCCUGUUGAGGAGCACGAACAUGAACCAGUCGUUGAGCAAGAUCAAACAGAGGCACAAAUCCACGUUGAGGAACACGAACCCGGGCCAGUCAUUCCUGUUGAAGAGCACGAACAUAAACCAGUCGUUGAGCAACAUCAAGCAGAGGCGCAAAUCCACGCCGGGGAGCACGAACCUGAACCGUCUGUUACAGCAGAGCAAGAUCAAAAGGAGGCAGAAAUCGAUGUCAAAGAGCAUGAAGAUCUCGACGAGACCAACGACAUCGUCGAGGAAAAACCUGACCUACAGGAACCAAGGUCUCCGAGGCAAGAACCUGAGCCCACAGUGAAUGAUGAUGGACAUGGUGACCAUCAUGAAGAGAUCAAUGUGCAUCAUCAUGCCAACGAGGAGCUCCUGCAAAUCUCGGAAGAGAAAUCGGCAACCGAGACCAUCGAAGAGCCUCGAGGUGAACAGUGUGAGACUGAAAACACACAAGAUGACGCAGAGGAGGACAAGAGUGUGGUGGCAGAAUCGACCACCACCGAGAACGUAGAAGUUGACGCAGAGGAAAUUUGUAAGGCUGCAAAUGAGAAAGCAGUGGAGUCGUCGCCGGCGGUAGCGGCGUCCAAGAAGCCCGCGGCGAUGCAGGGGAAGAAGAAGGAGGCGCAGAUGAGCAACGACGUGAUCGAGGAGACGAGAUGCAAACUGUUGGAGAGGAAGAAGAGCAACGUGAGUGCUCUGGUCGGAGCGUUUGAGACCGUCAUGUCCAUGCAAGACCCGGAGGGUCAAACUAGUCAAAGACAGUAG